UCCGGUAGUUUUAACCCCGCGCCAGAGCGUCUUAUUCCGCGCGAACAAUGAUGAAUGGUACGGCAGAGAAAAUGACGAUUUUGUAUUGUUAAUCGUAUUUAAUGAUUAAUUUAAAGAUGGAAAAUACAACAGAGGAAUCGGAUACGACUUGUGUACAGGAAGAAUUCUUCAAAGAUGUCCAUUACUAUCUCAUUGGAACGAUUUUAGAAGAGGUGACUGAUCUUUUAGAGAAAGGAGGUGGGAAGGAAGAAUCGUACCUCACCGAUCGAGUCACGCAUGUCAUUUCAGAAGAUGAAGAUCAUCCAGAAGUCACGGAGGCCAGGGAUCUCUUUGAGCUUCCUGUGGUCUCGUCAAAAUGGGUUACGAUGUCUAUACGCUGUAAGACCCUUUUGGCAGGGAAGGCGUUUGCACCGGAGUCUGUUCGUCUUUUCACCAACUCCAUCGUGUGCUUCUCACAGGUAGCGGCUUCCGACCGCAAUGCAUUGUGGGCGCUGAUCACAUUCCAUGGGGGGACCUGCAGAGCAAACCUUAGCAAAGAAUGCACACACCUUGUCACAUCAAAAUGUGAAGGGACAAAGUACGAGUGUGCCUCGCAGCAUGAAACCGAGGUGAAGAUUGUGUGUCCCGAUUGGAUCCUGUCAUCCGUCCUCGCCAAGAAACCCCAAGACGAGAGAACAUUCCAUCCCAAAUACCUCACAUUCGAAACCCCACCAUUAGAGGGGGCCCUUCCCACGGACGUGGAAAUGAAAGGGGAAGCCAUGGAUGAGGAGCCCGUUACCGAGGGCGACGAUAAAGUGGCGAAGGACAAGAAGGAGAAAGUUGCGAGGCCCAAACUGAAACUGCCCUGGGCGGAUGACAUUAUGCCCUUGCCUGACAUAUCGGCUCUCCCAGAACCGGUUCGGGAUGCCCCGCCCUCGGGCAGUACCGCAAACUCGUCCGCGAUGAGUUCGUCUCCAGCGUUGGGGGCGUCCUAUAGUACCUCGAGCGCUGGAUACAGCACGCCGUCGUCCAAGACAAAAGACAAAAAGCAUAAAAAGGACAAGAAGAAAAAGAAGAAGCAUAAAAAGGAGAAGAAGAAGAAAGACAAGAAGAAGCACAAGCAUGCAAGCGGGAGUGGUGGGACUGGUGUGGCACAACCACAAGAGGGCGCUGGUUCGUCUGCCACUGACCAAGGGACGAAGAAUCGUAACACGUUACGGAACAUUACAAACAAGACAGAGUACUUACCAUCGAUGGUUGGUGUGCCGGCUGAUAAGAAACACGUUUCACAGCAGGUACUGAAUGCGGUAGGGGGGCGACCAGGGGGGCACAAGGGGCGUCUAGACCAGACCUAUGGGGGUCUACAGGUUAUACCAGAGAUUCAUUACUGUGGACAUGAUGCAUCGGCAGGAGUAACCCCGGAUUCUUGUUUGCUUGGCUGUAUCUUUCUCAUCAUCGAGUACCCUCAUCUAGUGGGGGUGGAGUACAUCGAUACGUGGAGGAAGGUGAUCGUGGAGCAUGGUGGAAUAGUUGAUGAUUGCUACUCUGAUCGUAUCACACACAUCAUGUGUGACACCCAACGCACAGACAUCUUCAGACUGGCAAUGAAGGAUGGGAAGCGAUGCGUGACAGCGAGCUGGUUGAACGACUGUCUGAAGAAGAAAGCCAUGCUACCGCCAUGGAGGGCAUUGCACUUUCCUGCUCCGUCGUACCCUCUUCAACCCCCACCAUGCAAAGAUCAGAUCAUUGCUGUGACUGGUUUUGAGGGAGGAGAGAGGAACGAUGUGAAGACGAUGAUUGAAAUGACUGGAGCUAAAUACACAGGGUUCUUCAGCAGAGGCAACACUCUACUCAUCUGCAAAAGACUUGAAGGAGCAAAGUAUGAGAAGGCCCAGGAGUGGAGGACACCGGUCACUAACGUCCAGUGGCUGAGCGAGGUCAUCCUCGGUAACUACGAUGCUCUUCAUAACUUUGUCAUGCCUCGAUACCAAGUCUUUGAUGUGGACGACCCUUUCAAGCUCGCACUGCUGAGACCACUGAAGCUAAUGGAACCGUGGAUGAUACCAAUCAAAAUAUCACAGUCAAUACGACGGAGUUACAUCACAAGCAUCGCACAGAAGACAGCCAAUCUUGCCAAUGGGAAGCGGAAAGGAGAUCCACAGUCCCCUGGUAAUGCUUCCAAGAAAAUCAGGAACAUGAUACAGAUGGAUGAUGAUUGGGACGCGGGAACACCUCGCAUCGCUCCCGACAAGGCUCCUAGAAUCUUAUUCACUGGUCUCGAUGCUGCGAGAAUGACCGACUUAUCCAAAAAAAUUGAGAAGCUUGGUGGACGGAUCGUGGACUCCAUCAGUCAGUGUACUCACCUGAUAGCAUCCAAGAUAAUGAGGACGGUCAAGUUCCUAGCCGGUGUCUCCGUGUGUAAGCACAUCGUCUCACCUAUGUGGAUAGAGGAGAGCUACAAGAGCAGAUGGUUUCUGGAUGUGACAAACUUUUCUCUUGUGGAUCAGGAGAUGGAGACAUUGUUUUCAUUCCAACUCAGGGAAUCUCUGAUCAGAGCCUGCAAGCAGAAGCUAUUCAAGGAUGUAACAAUCUACAUCACACCGGGCGUCAAACCGGGAGCCAACAUGCUGAGGGAGAUCAUUGAGUGUGCGGGGGGCAAGCUCGCCCCCUCCCGUCCCUCCCUCAUGAAGAUCAGUCACAUCCAAAGCGCCCUGGGGAAAGGGUCCUUUGUAGUGAUCAGCUCCCCCUCGGAUAUGCCGUCAUGUAGAGAUUUCUUCACGCACAACAUCGAUGUCCACAAUGCUGAGUUUGUUCUGACCGGGGUUCUGAGACAGCAGCUCGACUAUAAAUCAUUUAGAUUUGAUCCUCGUAUCUAGAAGACCAAGACCAGCUGAAGACCAGUCACUUGGAGUUAGCCCAGCCUUCUACUCAGCUGUGAAAAUCUAGAUUUGGUCUAGACUUGUUGUAUUAGACCUGGACCACCUGCAGACUAACUAAUACACUCAUUGAGAGAUGAUCUAUCCCUCAUCACAGUAAACCAGGACUAUCUGAAGAUUGAUCGCUAUGGAGUUAGACCAGACUUUCAUGCAGAAAUUCACAAUGGAAAUGGUCUAGAUAUGAUUGCAGAAGACUAGGACCAUUUAUAGGCCAGGCACUAUGGAGUCAGCCCAAUUUUGCACUCAACAGUUUGACCUUACACCUUUUAUUACAAGCUUGAGCCUGGCAUCUUCACCCUCCUCAUUCAAAAAACAACAUGAAGGCCUCAAAACAAAAAACAAAAGGAGGCCAUUUGUAUUACUCAACUCUAGCAUUGUUCUGCUAUCCACUUAUUUGUUUGUCUUUACUUCAUGAUAUGGCUAGUUGUAUUCAAUAAAGCUUUAAUGUAGACAUGUAUUUACAGUAUGUGUUAUCAUGUUCUGCAAAAACGUGUAUAUCACUGGAUAUAAAACUUUAUACUCUUUAAGGCUUGUUAAGAUAAGGCGCGAAAAUCGCUGCAGAAACAAAAAUCAGCGCAGUUCUUUUACGUGUAAAUGAAUGACAACUACCUGCAACAAAGGACUUGUGCAUAUUUGCUGAUCUCUGUGUUGUAAGAUACAGAAAUAUAAAGCUAUUACUCUUUACAUCAUCGUUAAAAAAAUGCUGUAGUUUUGCCGUGUCACGUCUGAACAAGUCUUAACUCUUAAGCUGCCACCCAUACAAUGCACCCAGUGCCACAGUGCUAAUCCCUAUUGUGCCAGCCACAAAUUUCCUGUGUGCCAAGUUAAUUUUAAGGUUGGUUCAAGUGCAUGUUAAUUAAAUCUUUACCAAAAAACAAAUCGCUAAAUUACUCGAGAAAAUCCAAUCUGACUGUUGUAUACAAAGACGCGUAAUCCAAAGCCGAUAAUCUGAUGCACGCGAUGGUACUUUCAAUAGCGCUGCAAAAGCACUCAGAACGGUGCAAUGGGCAUGAACAAUGACUGUUAUUACAUAUGCGCCCUUGCGUGCACAAAGCAGAGUAGCGGUGGCUCGCUAGCAUAAACGUGGCAUUCAAUCGAUAGCGCGCUCGCGUGCACAGAGCACUAUAUCAAUAGCGCGCUAGCAGUCUCAUGGCAGGAUAUGAGUUAAGACAUGAAUCUGUUUGUUAGAUGCUAUUCAUGUUUUAGUGUCACAAUUAACAGACUGUCUAGUAUUUAGAAGUUAUUGUCAAACUUAUUCUGGAAUCGCUUAUUCCCAAGUAGUGAUUUCAGGAUUAAGUAAUAACUUGUGAUUAAAAUCAUUGUAUCAUCUGUAAAGAGUUAGCAUGGCUAACUCAUAUAUUUUUACGUAGAGUUGAUAGCUUUCUGGCUCGGAACGGACUACAUUAUAUGAAGCAUAUUGAGCGAAAUAUGGCCUCUUGAUCAAUUGCAUCACAUCUUUAGACAGGUACUUUAUGAUCAUAUACUUUCUUUCCAAAUACACGUUUGAUUUAUAGUAGAAAAUGAAGCAAUAUAAGAAAAUAGGAAAUUGCUUUUUGGAGGUGGAAAAAAGUACCAUAGCUCCGCUCAACAAAGGCACUAAGCAUAGUUAUGUGUGUUGUAAGAUACAAAACUGUGCACUAUGCCUACGGCCUUGCACCAUUUUCUGUUUUACUGCAGUGAUCUUUUAGGUCGUUUAAUCUAUUCUUUGUAAACGUUCGUUCAGAUAUUCCAUGGUAAAUCGCCAUGGUUUUUUGUUUGUUUUGUUAUAAUGACACUUCACGUUUCUGUAUCUUGAAACGCUGAGCUUACUGAAUACUUGUAGGAUAUUUGUUGUCUGCAGUUGCCAUUCAUUUAGGAAGUACAUAAAUCUUACAUGAGGUUGCUUGUUAUGCUACUGUAUAAUAUGUGAAUAACUUUAUAUAUAAUGUAAAUAUAUAAGAUGUUUUCUAAUGAUCUUUUUAUGAUUGUACUAGAAAUUAGUGAAUAAAAAUGAAUGAAUCAUGCUGA